AUGCCAGUCUACCUAAUCUCCAAAAUCGCAGACCCCAUCUUCGCCCUCACCAUCGGCACCUCGGCGGCGUUAUUGCGCAUUCAACGCGACCAGCGCGAAAAGUUCCCCGAACAGGCUAAGGAUAUUGGCAUUGGGCAUGUGGUUUCGAGAAGGAUGGGACGUGAAGGACUGGUGUGGGAGUGUGUUUAUGGUCUUGGUCCUGUGAAGACAUGGGUUGGAUAUGUGGAUGUUCCAUAUGGGAUGGAUGAACUGUAUAUUAUGGUAUGUUCUGAUAAAUUACGCAUAAGGUCCACAUUGGAUAUUUCUUAUCGGAUUACAAGUAUCAACUUCGAAGUAGACUUUGAAGUGAGCAUGCCCUAA